AUGGCUUUCCCAAAUGGGAAAAGGAUUCUAUUGGGGGAUUUUAAUACCCCAUUAUCUAGUAUGGAAAAGGCUGAUGGGAUGCCUGUUUUGGAAGAAAGUAGGGAGGACUUGGUGGAUAUGAUUAACUCUCUGUGUUUGUUAGACCUUAAUCUCCUUGGAGCUAAAUUCACUUCUUCCAACAGAAGAAGUGGGGGGGGCCUCAUCCAAGUCAGACUGGACAGAGGUAUUAUUUCUCUUGAGUGGAUUCAUAAUGCUUCUUGUAGAUUAAAUGUGUUUUCCAAAAUUGGGUCUAAUCAUUUCCCGAUUUUUCUGAGUAUAUCCGCUUUGACUGGGAGGAAGGCCUUCCCCUUAAGGUUUGAGAAGAUGUGGCUUUUAGCUGUAGAUAUUUACGACAAUAUUUCUAAAUGGUGGAAUGUUGGCAUUCAGGGAACUGCAAUGUUUAGAGUGGCUAAUAAACUAGCCAAUAUUAUUUCCAAUAUCCAACUCUGGAAUAAAGUUUCCUUCAGCAAUAUUUUUCAAAUAAAAGAAAACCUUAAGAAAGAUUUGGAUGAUGUACAGUCUCAGAUUCAAGAUGUGGGGUAUGAUCUUGUGGUUAUUGAUAAAGAAGUUGAGUUACUUACCAAGAUUCAUGAUAUCAUCUCUAAGGAGGAGGAAUUCUAG